CUAAAGUUGUGUUGCAAAUGCGCGUGCGUGCUGGUGUUGAGCAGCAGCAGCAGGAUAAGGGGGUUUUGUCUGUGGGAGCAGAGCGCGCCGGCUCAGAGGGCGCACGCACAGCGGAGAGGAAGGAGGAACAAGAGGAACAAGAGAGGACACACAGCAGCAGCAGCAACAGACACAGCAACAAGUCCUACAAGCCGGAGCUAUUGAAAUCAAUCAGAAAUAAGAAUAUUUCGGCCCCAGUAAGCCGCUGAUCCUGCAACACAAGUCCAAACCCGGAGCCCCUUGGAAGCAGAUCCUCGGACCCGGAGCCCCAAUCCGACCCCCGACGCACGGAUCCCCGGCUCCCCGGCUCCCCGGCUCCGCCAUGGAGGAGCAGCUGCUGUGCUGCGAGGUGGACUCCAUCCGCAGAGCCUACCAGGACGUGAACCUGCUGAACGACCGCGUCCUGCAGACCAUGCUGAAGGCGGAGGAGAUCUACCUGCCGUCGCCCAACUACUUCAAGUGCGUCCAGAAGGAGAUUGUACCCCGAAUGAGGAAGAUAUUAGCCACCUGGAUGUUGGAGGUCUGCGAAGAACAGAAAUGCGAGGAGGAGGUUUUUCCGCUGGCUAUGAACUAUUUGGACAGAUUUUUAUCCGUGGAGGCCACCAGGAAAACAAGGCUGCAGCUGCUCGGAGCUACGUGUAUGUUUUUGGCGUCCAAGAUGAAGGAGACGGUACCCUUAACUGCGGAGAAACUCUGUAUUUACACAGACAACUCGGUCCAUCCCGGAGAGCUGCUGCAAAUGGAGCUGCUGGUUCUCAGCAAGCUGAAGUGGGAUCUGGCUUCAGUCACCCCUCACGACUUCAUCGACCACUUCCUGUCCAAGCUGAAGAUCCACCCCUCCACCAAGCAGAUCCUCAGGAAGCACGCCCAGACCUUCGUGGCGCUGUGUGCUACAGACGUGAACUUCAUCGCCAGUCCUCCGUCGAUGGUGGCGGCCGGCAGCGUGGUGGCUGCUGUUCAGGGCCUGUUCCUGAAGAGCCAGGACUCCUCCCUGUCCUCCCAGAACCUCACCAACUUCCUGUCCCAGGUCAUCCGCAGCGACCCGGACUGCCUACGGUCGUGUCAGGAGCAGAUCGAGUCCCUGCUGGAGUCCAGCCUGCGGCAGGCCCAGCAGCACGGCGGCGGCGCGGCCGAGUCCAAGCGCGUGGACGAGGACGCCGACCUGUCCUGCACGCCCACGGACGUGAGAGACGUCAACAUUUGAGUACGGGCCGAUGCAGCGACGAUGACCCGAUGAUUGAAGGGAAAGCUGUUGUCCAGAGGGCGUGUGGGCUGAGGAGAGGUCCGGACUGAGAACUGAGAAUCCCCUCCUCUUUCCCCCUUCCUGCGGCCCCGGCGUGGGGCUCCUUUUUUAACCGGCCGAGCCGUCACUCUCAACAUAUAUGCUGUCCACAAUGACGGCCCAGACGAGACCAGAGCGCCCCGCCCGCCCGCCAACGCUACACACCCCAAUGCCACAUUUCCUGGCAGCCCCUCCCCUCCUGGGAAAAGAACUGAACACUACAGAAACGUACCAGAGAGAAAAAAGAAUAUUGGUGACCAGUGUGGGCUGGAGUGGAGCCACAGAAACAGAUUUUUUUUUUUUUUUUAAUUCCCUACCCACAUUAAACUAGGAAUCUUUAAAUUAAUGCAGACGCAACUCGCCUACUAAAACAUCCCAAAGUGUCGUGUACAGUAGGUCCUCGUGGUCUGCCUGCAGGUGCUCUCCUGCAACCUGACAUUUAUUAAUAACGCAAAGACUUACGUUCCUUAGUAUUGUAUCUAGAAUGAUUUAGACUGUCCAAGUUCUGUGUUUUUUCUUGUAGUGCAGACAUUCAUUUAGCCCUGCUUGCUUAUGUUUAGUCACUUUAUUAUAUCAUUUAGUCUUAUACCUCUUCUUUUCCAAGCGUUUUGGUUUCUUCAAAGCCAGUGUAGUGAGUGAUUGCUUUUUUCUUUUUAUGACUGUAAAAGUCUGUGGACUGCUGAUGUGGACAAAUGGAAUUCUUUGUUUAUUCCUUGAUGAUGUUCAUUUUUGGCCAAUUUCAGCUCGUUGUAAUUCGAUUACAUCAAAUCAGUGCACACGUAAGCAAGAGCGGUCCACAGUCUGUUAUGAUUUUCUUUCUCCGCAUAGUUAGACCUAAUACAAUUCCAAUGUCGUUUUCUAAAAAAAGCACUUUUGGUCAGCAGUGCUGGCUCAACUGACGAAAAAAAGAAAAAAAAAUCACAGUGAUUAAGUUUGUAAAAAAAAGAACAUGGAAAUGGAAUAAGGGGGUGGGGGGGGGGUUUAAAACUGCAGUUCCUCUGGUAACAGACAUGUCAAGUAGCAUUUUCACACACUUUUGCACCUGGAUCAGAUUCGUCUUAACGGGAAAAAAAAAGAAUUGACCAGUGUGGAAGGAAAAAAAAAAAAAGCGUGACGAAUGCUGCUCGAUCACCGCCGGGAACCCGAGAGCCGCCGGCUCUCGCCAAGCCGCUCGCUCUUCUUCCCGCUCUUCUUCUUCGUCAGAUCCAAGUUUUGACUCGAGUCCUAACCUGUGAGGAGCAGAGCUGCUCUGUCAGGCCCAAAGAUGUCAUAAGUUCAGUUAAACCUCAGCACGGAGAGAGCCAAAGCUUCACAUUUACGAAAACGUAAAAGUAAAAAAGAAGUAUUAUUUUUAUAGUUAAAAAAUAAUGCUUUAUUUUUAUAUACCCACAAUAUAUUUAUUUUUAUAACUCCCACAACUGACUUUGGUUCCAUCCUGCUGACGUUUAACUCAAAGGAUGAGCUCGUAUCUUCCUCCAGAGCAGCCCUGCAGUCCAGAAACGUGGUAAAAGUGAAACUCCCGCCUGUCUCUGACUCACUAGGACGGCAGCAUCAUCUUCCCCCCCCCCCCAAACCUCAGUUUGGAUACUGCUCAUGGAUUAUGGGAAAUGGAUAAAGCUUAAAAAGAGAGAGACCGACCGAGAGAAAAAGAGAGAAAGAGAAAGAGGGUGAUAAGACUAUUGAUGUGAUUUUUGCACAAACCUAAAAGACGUGGGCUGCAUCUCUUGGGGACUUGCCUAAAAAAAAAAAGAAGGUUGGAGAGCAAAAAAAAGACCGGCAACAGUACCAAGCGAUGAAAAAGUGGCUAAAAGGGUGAAGGCUCACCCAGUGGGUGCUGUCUCGCUGUAGAUGUUCAAGUUCAGGGUUCCUACACAGGAUGGAAAAGUGUUGAUGUUGAUGAAAGGUGGACAUACUUUUCAAAAAAUGUAAAAGGCAUGCGAGCUGGAGAGCUCGGCUUUAAGAGAGUGCUAAAUUAAAGUCAAACUUGUGUAGGAACUCUGUAAAAAAACUAGGUUUCUGAUUGUACAUUAAAGAUAGAAAGUAGGAGAGAAACACUCCUUGUAUUCCGCUGCUAUAGAAAAUAAAUCCCAGCUACAUGUUUAAAGAAAAAGUCAAAAAGGAAAAAAAAAAAAACAAGAAACUGAUUAAAAAACAAUGCUUUUCUCCUGUUGUUUGCUGCUACAUUUUGGUUGUUUUUUUUUUUGUUUUUUUGUUUUAUACAUAUAAAUGUCAAUAUACUGCCAUUCUAGGUUUGAAUUUUCUCAUAGAAAAUUGUGUUAUUGACAUCCUCAUUUGUUGUUUUUGUGUAGAUUAUAUGUGAUCAGUUUUUGUUUAUAAUUACUUAAUAUGAUUUUCCAAACUAUUCCAAAAAAAAAAGAAAAAACAUGGAAAAAUUAGACAAUGUACAGAAGUGCUUUGAUCCACAUUACCUCAUGUGACAGUCAAUAUCUAUUUCUAAUUUGUAGUCUUUUUUUUUUUUUUUGUUUUUAGUUCUUAUUCUAUUCUACUUGCUGGUCCGGUGCGUAGCCGGCUCUGUUAACCCCGCCCGACACCGAGCACGGGCGGUGGAACCAGCGAGUCCAGUGCAUGCUUUGAUACUGGUGCCAUAACAGAAGAUGGGAUAUGUAUAACUCUGUUGAGUGUUAAGCUGUCUCGGUGAAAGAGACUUUAUCCCCCUUUAGGCCCGUGGUGGCCUUUCUUCCUCUCCCCCCCCUUUUUAUAUUUAUAAAGACAAAAAAAGCUUUGUGCUACCAAUAUUCAAACUGUCAGUGAGUUGAUUUGAGUUUGUAAAUAGAGUCAGUGUCAUGCCCAGCAAGCCAUAGACUGUUUUUGCUGUUUAUCACAAAUCAUUCCACACAGUUUUUUGUCUUAUUUCAUGCCGAUUACCUGCAAAAACGAAGGCAAACAGUGUAUUCAUACUUGUGUCGACAACACAAUAAAACACGAAUUAGAUGGAAUCUGUAAA